AAUACAUGCAAACACUACAAGAGCGUUUAAUAUAACAUGAAUCGAACAUGUAUUGAAAUGAUCUUUUAAACCUCAACAUAGGUAGAACAUGGCGGAGAUCGAUACCUGUACGUCGAUGCGGUUGCUAAGCAACGGAAGGCGAAGUGAAUCAAUGGAUUCUGCCUCACUAUUAAAUAUAUGAAUAGCAGGGUCGGAACCGCAGAGGAUAUAUUAAUUCUGGUAGAAAGACAUUGAGCAAACAUAUUGGAUUUUUUUUUUGCUAGUCUUGGGAAAGCUAACGUUCACUAACUUCAUCCAAAAAUGUCGGUGAUUUUAACAGCCUGUAGAAAAAGUAAGCAAAAUGCCAUCGAGAAGGCUCUAAAGAAGAAAGCAGCUGAUAAGAAAGCCAAGCGUGACGCCAAGGAAGCUCGAAUGAUGGCCUACCAAGCCGACCAAGGAAUGCCAUCGAUGCAUACCGAAUGUCAUGACACAACCACAUGGAACUUCAUGAUAUCCGAAGAAACCUUUAACAUUUCCUUCAGAAUGUACACCGGAGAAGUUUACUGCAACGGAGAAAAACUGGACGCCAUGGAAACUUUCAGUGAAGAAGAUUGCAGUUGCACAUAUGAUUUCGCCAUGAGUGGACACAAAGGUCGCAUUGUCACACGGGAUGGAACACCCAAUGCUUUGACAGUGGAUGGGAUGCUGGUUCCAAACUGAUGACAGAGAUACUGCUCCGAGGGUGCCUCUGAGGGGCGUUUGGACUUUUUUCCUGCCAUCUGUGAUAACAUGAAAUUAAUCUAUAAAAACGUAUUUCAAAAUUUUGAAUUUUUGUUGUUGAAAAUUUCAAUUUCAGGGGACUUUGGGGGGAAUUUGGAUAUAAAAUGAGAAAAUGUUUGAACGGGGACCAUAAUGUUGAGGAUGUGUUGUAUAUAUAAACAUAACUGCUGAUUAUAGUCUGAAGCUGAAGCACGACUUUUAUGAUGUUCAUUGUGAAGUCUACUGUCGACGUUAGGUUCAUUGUGAGGGUAACAUUGCUGUUGAUUUAAACUUUUUAAAAUUACCAGGUAGUUUGACUGUAUAGCUUUAAAACCACAUGUUUAUUUGCAAAUACGGCAUCGAAUGAGCACCGUAGACUUAGAAUAUUUUGAAGCGUUAUGUGUUGAUAUCAUUUGGCUGUUGUAUCUUUUGAAUUUUUCUCUUUAUUACAUAUUUUAUAUAUUCGCAGAUACCGAGAAUUUACUUCUAUUUCAGAUAUAUUAUGAAACAAAUGAUUUUCGCUAUUUCUAAGUGUUUCUUUUUAAUAUUCAAUGCUGCGUUAUAUUUCUGUUAUGUCUCGUUUAUAGGCAGUUGUUUGGAAAAGAGAUCGUGAAAUAAACGGAAACGUUCUAUGGCCACAUUGAAUAUAUAUUUUUGUUUUGAAAUAUAAAGAUUUUGAGAUACAGUUGAAAGUAAAAACGUGCCUUUUCGUAUGCAUUAACAUUUACAACCCUUUACUUCGUGAAUAAUGUUCGUAUGCGGUUUUAUGGCUAAACUUUGACAUUUUGUUCCGAAUAAGAGACUGUAUUUUUAUAACAAUGUGUAAUAGAUGGCAAAUAAAAUAUGUUCUUAACUUAAUAUUAUUUGGUACAGUUUACUAUGUUUAUGAUUUAAUAAAAUGUGAACCAACCUUUUUGAUUUUAAAUGUCAGUGAUGAAAACCAUGAUUCCUGUAAUUCAUCUGGUGAAGGCUUGGUUAGGGCAAUAUUUUGGAAUUAUAUAUUUAAUGAUAACAUUUAUAUACAUUCAUAGGAAGUCAAGCUGAAAUAUUCAACAAGUGCUGAAUUGUUUUACCGAAAUAUGUUGCUUAUUCACAUUUUAUUACUACAUGUACGUUAACAAGAUUUGUUAAGACUCAGUUUUUGUAUCAUUGUUAGACCUCAUCAUAAACAGCUGUUAGGGACCUAUUUUCCUACACUCUUUAUUCUCGCAUAUAUUUUGGUUAAUUCAACCAAUGCUCAGUGUUGUAUGCAUUGUAUUCUAAAAUACCAAGGUAUUGACGUCUAUAUGCGAUAAUUAAAGACUUCGUGAGAAAAUGUUCUAUGACAGUAUAUUCCAUUUAUUUUGUACGAUCCCUUUACUUUGUGUACAAGGGCUAGAUGAUCUUGUUUUUUUGUAAUUGUUACGUAAAUAAAGAGUUACAUCGUA